AUGGACGUCCUAACAUCGGUCGAUCCGACCUCCUCGCAACCCUCCUCCGCGGACCCAUUCCAUCCAUCAUUCUUCGAGCUGGCGGCGCAAUCGCAGCUGCAGGACCUGAUCAAACCCGCGAUCCGCUACGUCCUCGCCGUGCUCGCCCAGCGCAAUCCGCGCUACCUCCUUCGUCUCGUCAACCGGUUCGAUGAAGUCUAUGCGCUGCUGAUGGCGGGGAUCGAAACCCACUACUUGCGGGUGUGGGGUUCGUCGUUUGCCGAAAACUUCUACGGCCUGCGUCGGCGUCGACGACCCGGUCUCUCGCGCAGUCAGGGUGGCACCUCGGUCAGUCAAGCCAAAAGUGAGCGUCUUGGCAAAACAGAGGUGCGGUUGAGCUUGCUCUUCCUGGUUGGAUUGCCUUAUGUCGGGGCCAAACUGGAGGAUCUUUGGGAGCGCAACGGUGGCGGGUUGUCCAACGCAAGUCUGUUCGGGGAAGAAACGGCUACUUUCAACGACACCUCCCUUCCUCUGAGGGAAAGAGCGAAAAAGGUGGCGACGGAAACGUUCAAAACGGCCUAUCCGUAUGCGAAAACGGUGUAUCAGCUCUGGUUGUUGACCUACAACGUGCGGUAUCUGUUCGAUCGAACGCCCUACUGGCGGCCGUGGUUCGCGGUGAUGCGGGUCGACGUGAGGCGGGUGGGACCGAACGAUGGACCGAGGAAGCAGUUGUUGCCCAAGAAGAUGCCGAGUUUGGUGCGCCAACCAGCGAGGUUUUUGUCCAUGGUGCUGAGGCUGGCACCAGGUACGAUCUUCGAGGCGCUCAAAUACGGUCUACCGGCAAGCAUCUUCUUCUUCAAGUUCCUCGAGUGGUGGUAUGGCGCAGACAAUCCUCGGAGACGCCGCACUGGUGGGAGUGGAACCAGCGGCGGAGGGGCAGGGGACGACACGUCCCAUCCAACACUCGACCCCCCCAUCCCCCUCCUACCCGACCUCACCCACGGUCUGCUCUCCAAAUCCAUCCCAACCACGAUCGCGGAUACCUUGCCCGAAUACAAGCUCCCCCACAUCUUCACCCUCUCCAGCACGCUACUCGACAAACUCGCCAAUGGGGAGGAGCACAAACCAACCCUGACGACAAGCGGCGGCAAGAGGAGAUUGGUCCACAACUCGUGUCCCCUCUGCGGCGCGUUGCCCAUCAAUAACCCGGCGGUGCUGCCCAGUGGAUACGUCUUUUGCUACACGUGCGCGUUCAACUAUGUCGAAGAGCACGCGAGGUGUCCGGUGACAAGCCUCGCUGUGCCCGAGCGCAAAGACGCCCUGCGCAAAGUGCUCGGUUGA